UUUGUGUUAUAAAUAGUCUUACUAGGUAGCACGGGCCGGGACGAUCAGCCCCAGUAGAACUUCUUCCCGUAGCGGUCCGUCUUCUCGUGCUCGGGCCCCUUGCGAAACAUGCAGCCGAACUCGCCGUCCUCCGGGCAAUGGACCUUGAAUGUUUCGUCGGCCGCGAGGGCCCUCAAGCGGUCCUCGAACGACGAAUCGCUGUCCGGCUCUGCGGUCGUAUGUGCAUUGGUCAUCCACCCGUAUUUGAGAGCUUCCCUGGCGAGGCCUCUGAUCGUGCCGCCUUGACGAAGCGCGAAGCGCAUGGGCCAAUAUUCGCCGCCCUCGGCAACGGUUCGCGCGCGCGACAUAUAUGUCGUCCUCGAGGGCCCUUUUUCUAUGUCGACCGCCAGAAAAGUGUGGGGGCCAUCGACCCCCAUGCCGGCGAUGAGGCAGUUAUCCAUGUGGCACCAGCGCACUUCGGCGCGCGCGCCGUCCGUCACUUGAAUUGCAUGGUAGUGGUCGCCGUUGAACAGGCAGUUGAUAACGCCACAAACGGUGCCGCCGCCCUUGCGAAAUAAUUCACCACCAACGUCGGUUCUAGCAGUGCCGCCGCCCUCCACCAAAACACCGUAGACGCUCCUAUUGAAGGUCACGUCAACCGCAGCGAGCCAGGCGCCAUCAGUAACUUUCAGCGCCACGGUCUGGUCCGCGAACCAGCAAUUCUCUACGUACACGGUCGGUCGCACCGUCUAACGCGUGAACGCCCGCAAACACCACGGAUUGAGGUGCUCAUCGUGGACUUGCAGACCAUUCCCGUCGUCUGCGGCGAGUUCCGGGGCGUGUUUACAACACCGCCGCGGUGACCGACCCACGCGAUGCCGUACAGCGAGAGCUUCACGGCCGAACCCGAGGCUGUGAUCGCGGGCAAGGGCACGGCGCUGUGCCCUCCACUUUCCUUGGGAAGGCGCCCCGCAUUGACGGUGACCAUGACCUCGUUAUCUGUCCACGUGGCGUUUAUCUGCGCCUCUGUCUGCCAGGCCGGCGUCCGCCACAGUUUGGUCGCCUCGGAUCCUCUCACCAUCAAAGCGGAACUCGACUGACGCCGCAUCCACACCCUUCCUUCUCGCGAAAUCAUUGAAUGCAAGCGCCAAGAGAGUCGUCGUCCUAACCCGGAAGAAGACCGCUUGAGGCUGGGGCGUAUCAUCGUGUCGAUCGUUGAUGCGGAUGUUCAAGACCUCGCCGCGCGGCGAAACUUGUGUAUAUGGCGGCCCCGUCACGUCUUCGAGAUGGUACUGCUGCCCGGGCUGGCAAAUCGUCUCGCGUUCGUCCUUCUUAGCGGCGCCGUAGCGGCGCCGUGUCGCCGCGGCGAUGAUCAGGUUGAAAAGCGGCGCGGUAAUCGGCGCUUCCAGUUGCACGGACUCGGUCAAAAGCACCACGUCGCGAUCCCGCGCCGCGGCGACGGCUGCUUCCAGCGAUGGGUGCGCGGCGCUCGGGCACUUAAUUACCCGCGAGCGGAACGGCGCGAGCACCGCUUUCAACGACAGCGUGUCCUGCGGCGUCGGCGAAACCGACGUGGUGAGUGUGUACACGCGGCCCGGCGCCGCGCCAAGUGUCCGCAAGUAGGAGAGGAUGUGAGAGACCGUGCCCUCGUCCAGCGCCGUG